GUCGAUUUGUAAAUGUCUUUCGAAAUGUAGAUAGAAACUUUUGCAAGUAUACGUUGGCACCGUUGCCAGCGGGGUCGGAAAGACUGCCCACCUAAUCCAGACAAUGAAGCCGCUAUUUAUAUCACUCACAAAGCCGAGUCGACGGUCUUGUUUUCCGCCCGUUUAUCAUGCUCAAAAUGGGUUCGGAGGAGCUACGACCUAUUCCUGCUUUCCACAAUCUCAGCGAGAUUUAUAACACAGAGGAGACUCUUGAGCGGGAGAGGCAAAGGUGGAGCGCCCUAGUUCAAAGUUUUGUAGAAGAGUUUGGCGGGCAACCGAACUAUAUUAUUCGAGCACCGGGCAGAGUGAAUGUGUUAGGAGAGCAUAUAGAUUACUCUCUCUUUCCUGUACUGCCCGCGGCAAUCGAACAGGAUAUUAUCGUUGGGAUUCGCCCGACUGCAACGUUUCCAAACAAGAUCUCCGUUGACCUCGCCAAUGCCGUCAAGUCGUAUCCAAACGCUGAGCUCCAGCUUGCUCGUGAUCAAGAAUUGUGGUCAUUAAAGGUACCGCUUCCAAGCAAGGCGAAAGGGUGGGAGCGAUACGUUGUCGCUGUUUUAUUAGAGUGUUUGGAGAGGUUUGCGGAGCAAUUGCAAGACGGAGCUGCGGGCAUGGAAGUCAUGGUCUCUGGUACGGUGCCUGAAGGAGCUGGGCUGAGUAGCUCGGCGGCUUUUGUUGUCGGCAUCAUCGUGGCAUUCCUUGUCGCCAAUGGUUUACAGGAAGGAGUGAGCAGGGUGCAAGUUGUGGAUAUCGCCAUGGCCGCAGAACACCGCUUGGGGCUCAAAAGCGGUGGUAUGGACCAAGCCGCUUCUAUCCUUUCUGUCCCCAACAGCUUGCUCCAUCUUUCCUUUUAUCCGUCUCUCAAACCCGCAAUACUUCCUCUUCCUUCGUCACUCACAUUAGUCAUUACCAACUCGAUGGCACCUCACUCUCUAGCCGAUUCUGCUCCAGACCGCUACAAUCUUCGAGUCGUUGAAAAUCUUUGCGCUACCCGUAUCCUGCUUCACACCUUUGGUGCGGAUGCGGGUGUUCUCUCCACGACGCAGCGAGGAUCUACCGGUCGACUUUGGCUCCGUGAGGCGCUUGAACAUUGGGCAGAGGAUGCUCACAUGGAUGAGGAAACUGUUUAUCGGAAUCUGCUCGCUCGUAUUGUAGGAGUCCUUGGCAAAGAAGGUCGCGACAAGAAUGGUUGGACCAAAAAUCAGAUGAUUGAAGAAAGCGGUAUGACAGCAGAAGACUUUGAGGCGACGUUCUUGGCGUUCAUUCCUAUCCGUGCCACACGGUUCUACCUGUUGCAGCGGGUACAGCAUACGCUCGAAGAGUCACUUCGGGUCUGCAGCUUCAAAAGGCUUUGCGAGGCGUCGGUGGCCACAUCUGACAACAGAGUCAGCGAAACCGGUCUUGUCAAAGAAUUAGGCGCGUUGAUCACCGCUUCUCACGUAUCAAUGAGAGAUCUUUACGAGGCCACCGUGCCAGAAGUGGACGACCUUCAAGCACUUUGCUUGCAAUGCGGGUCGUUAGGAUCGCGUCAGACAGGCGGUGGAUGGGGAGGCGCCGUGAUUUCUCUUCUCCCGUCGAAUCGGGCUAGUGAUUUCCUCAGAGAAGUCAGGAAGAUGUAUAGCCUUUAUAGGGGUCUUUCAGUAGAUGAGUUAGACAAGGCUGCGUUUAUAACCGUUCCAGGAUCAGGCGCUGGCUUCUAUCCAUUGAUGGAAGGCUGCAAGAUAGUGUAGUGAAGUCGUAUUAUCUCUGCAAUGUAAUUCUCAAUGCCAUGCAUAUGCUUGCACCUGUGCCUUCUCUUUAGUCGACAGCACUGACAGUCUCUCGGAAAGUGUCGUUGCGAGA